AUGAAAGCAGCUAUUUUUAAACAAAAAGGUGGUGAUUUGGAAAUUGUUGAAGUACCAGUACCAGAACCAAAACAAGGUUGGGUUAGAAUCAAAGUUCAUUCAUGUGGUGUAUGUCACAGUGAUAAUGCUUGCAAAUAUGGCAAUUUUGGAAAUUCAUUUCCACGUAUUCCAGGUCAUGAAGUAUUUGGUGAAAUUGAAAAAUUGGGUGAAGGAGUUGAUCCAAAUUAUUUCAAAAUUGGUCAAUUAGUUGGUGUUGGUUGGUUUGGUGGUAAUCAUUGUGGUAAAUGUAGAGAGUGUUUAAAUGAUCAAUGGAUAUUUUGUAAGGAAACAUUAAUUUGUGGUAUUCAUUAUGAUGGUGGAUAUGCUGAAUAUAUGGUCGCACCAUCAGAUUCAUUAGCAUUUGUACCAGAAGGAAUGAAUGCUGAAGAAACUGCACCAUUAUUAUGUGCUGGUAUUACUGUUUUCAACUCAUUUAGAAAUCAAAAUAUCAAAGUUGGUUCAUUGGUUGGUGUUCAAGGUUUGGGUGGUCUUGGUCAUUUGGCAAUUCAAUUUUGUAAGAAAAUGGGUUAUGAGGUUAUUGCAAUGUCGAGUGGUGAUCAAAAAGAGAAAUUAGCCAAAGAAUUGGGUGCAGCUCAUUAUGUCAACAUUUCAAAAGAUGGCUGGAUUGAUCAAAUGAAAGCAAUUGGUUCAGUUCAAUGCAUUCUAUUAACUGCACCAUCUUCAUCAAUUGUUCAAUCAUCUUUGGAUGCAUUAGGUGUAAAUGGAAAGUUAGUACUUUUAGCUCUUUUACCAGAACCAUUCAAUGCAAAUUCUCUAACCUUAAUUGGUGGUAAUAAAUCAAUUGUUGGUUGGGCUUCAGGUGAUUCUCGUGAUACAGAACAAACAUUGAACUUUGCAAAUAAAAAUCAAGUAAAAGCAAUGAUUAAAACUUUCCCAUUGGAAAAUGUUAAUGAGGCUCUACUUAAAAUUGCUGAUGCUAGAUUUAGACAUGUGGUAAAGGUUUUAUAA